AUGUCUGCCAAAAGCCAGGCUGAAGAGAUCGCUUCAUAUGCUGAGCAUCCCUUGGUCGAAUGCGCCAAAGGAAUGGGUAUUUUGAACAACAAGAAUUUCCCGACCGAGCUUCGUAACCAGGUCAUCAGAGAUGACUUCAUAGAGCACAUCACUUCAUCGAUCAACACCCCCCGCUCGCCUCUCCACCUGGCUUUGAAAGAACUGGUAGAAGCUGGAUUGCCCCAGAAAGUGCAUCAUGAGAUGUACGCGGAGAUCCUGGCCCUGUGGGAGAAGAAAAAUGAAACCACUUUCAGGGUCCUGGGCUCUGCUUCUCUUCAGAUCUUGGACAAUUACAGCAGACCGGACCGUCUUUCAAUCCGACACCUAGUCUUCGAUAGAUGGCCACUGGAUGAGCAAUCAGAGUAUGGAUUUCCCCCUACGAUGAGAGGCCAAAAGAUCACAGUCAGCAAUAGCCUAAGAAGCAUCCACUACUGCAUACCCUCGAGCGAUCUAGUCUGCCAUGAACUUUUUCGAAGCUAUGACAUUGGAGGACGAUUCAGUACGCUCAUUCCCGCUGCGAUAAAAACGUUGGAGAAGGUCGUGAUUGAGCUGCCUAUUGCUUGUAAGUACGAAUCCUGCCCCGAUGACCUUCUGACACAUAUGCGGCUUCACCUGCAAAGAAUCGGUUGGUAUCUUGGAACGGCCCAUAAGCUAGAACAAGCUCCUAGCGGAGCCUUGUUUCUUGUCUGGAGUGCCCCCUUCAUCAUGCCAUUCAAUUGA